ACUACAAUAUUCAAGUUUGGCGCCACUUCUUACGCAACACUAAUAGAAUUUAUGCAGACUGUCCAAAGUACUUUAUUUCAAAUGCCAGAGUACCGUUCGGUAGGUAUCACUUAUCAAAAGGAGAAAAUGACUAUAGAUGUGUUAGAUGAGUGUAGAAUUUGGCUAUCAACUGAUGGCAACCCAUUUUAUAGUAGUACAACGGUACGUAUUACUGCUUUGGCUUUUGUCUCUGGUAUGACGCCUUGUACUAUAGAAUUAAAUGAUAAAAAAGCUAUGAAAAAAUUAAAUGAAUUAGCUAAUUUAACAUCAAUUCGUAGCAACAAAAGUUGGAUCCGUUUAAAAAAUUGUCAAUUUCAUUGUUGCGUCGAUAGGAAAACUUAUUUCAAAAAUGCUAUCAUCGAAUUCAAGCCUGUCGAUGGAAGCGAAUUUCAGUUGAUGCGUUUUGAAAUA